ACAUAACUUUCCCCACCACCUAAUAAUAAUAAUCCGCCCCAAUUAUACACCUUUCAAAUAUAAUUGAUUAAAUGGACUUCCUCAAACACCACCACCACCGCCACAGCUCUGCCACGAGCCACCGUUCGAUCUCCGACACCGACUCUCAACUCGACGAGUUCCACUCUCCUCUCCGCGCCGACUCACCUCUCCGCUCCGCCGACAUCAUCUCCUCCACCUCCACUUCUACCGCCAUCGUCACCGUCGACAAGUUCCGAUCUCCGAUCAGAUCUCCUCUUUCCAGAACCGUCAAUGUCGCGCCUUUGGCCAAAUCUCCAUCGCCUGCCGUAACCUACAACCGGCCGGCGAAAGAUGAGGCGGUAACCGGCGGUACUGUUAAGUCCGGCUCCGGUGGAGGUGAUGCCGGAUUUAGCGGCGGCGAUGGCGGUGUGAAGAGGUCGAGAGUGCCGGUGACGCCGGUUGUUAGGCGGCAGCGAAGUGAAGUGACGGUUGAGAGAGUUGCGUUAGGGUUUAGGAUUUGUGAGAUGAUAUUUUGCUUAAUUGCGUUUUCUGUUAUGGUUUCUGAUAAAACUCAAGGAUGGAGUGGUGAUUCGUUCGAUAGAUACAUGGAGUAUAAGUACUUGGUAGCAGUGAAUGUUAUAGCCUUCACAUAUGCAGCAUUGCAAGCCGUUGAUCACACAUACCUCUUAGUUUAUGGCAGACACGUUGUCACGUAUCCUCUCCGUUGUCAUUUCGACUUUUUAAUAGAUCAGAUAUUGGCGUACCUGUUGAUCUCAUCGUCCUCUUCAGCAGCCACACGGGUUGAUGAUUGGGUGUUAAAUUGGGGAAAAGAUGAGUUUACAAAGAUGGCUUCUGCAUCUGUGGUGAUGUCUUUCUUGGCUUUUCUUGGUUUUGCGUUUAGUUCAAUUAUAUCUGGUUAUAAUGUUUGUGAUAAGAACCCUAUCUGAUUCUUUAAGUUUUUAUGCUGGUAAUGGAGUUUAAAGUCAAAGAGGUCAAAUGUAAACAAUUUUGUACAGACAACUAGGCAAAUCUUAUAGAGGGGUCAAAGUAGCACAUUUUUUUCGUUUUGAACCAUAUAGUAGAACGAUCAUCAAAGAUGCUUAGUGUUGGUACAUAUCUAGUUCUUGUGCUUGUUGAUGCGUG